AUGGCGAACAACAACACUUCAUACUCUCCAGCUUCGGCGAAAGUCCUGAGCGUAGACACAAUGCCGACAGAUGAGGCCAAAUGGAUAAGAUUGAACAGAAUCAAGUGGCAAGAUCCUUCGGGCAAGGAAAGAAUUUGGGAGACUGCAGAAAGACAGACACGGGGGAAGAACAGCACCGUCGACGCAGUGGGAGUAGUCGCGAUCCUCAAUGAUCCAAAAUCCUCAUCGGGCCCAUCGAUGCUUUUGCAGAAGCAGUUCCGUCCUCCAAUAGACAAAGUCACAAUCGAAGUGCCUUCCGGACUGAUCGAUGAAGGAGAGAGUCCAGGUGACUCGGCUGUUCGCGAGCUGAAGGAAGAGACUGGAUAUAUCGGAACUCUCCCGAAGGAUGCUAAAGCAGCAGAGGGAUUUGUGAUGUUCAACGAUCCAGGCUUCUGUAACACCAACACAAAAAUGAUCUUCGUAGAGGUUGAUAUGAAUGACCCCAGGAAUCAAAACCCUCAGCCAGAACUAGAGGAUAGCGAGUACAUUGAGUCGUUCACGAUACCGCUCGAUAACAUGUGGAAUGAGCUUGAGAAGCUUGAACAGGAGGGAUAUGCCAUAGACGCGAGGGUUGGUACACUUGCUCAGGGCAUGGAGAUUGCCAAAAAAUGGAAAGAGGCAAUGACAAGGCCUGCUUGA